AAUUUAACUUCGUAGUCGCGAAUUGAUUGCGUUUGCGUGUUCGGUUAAAUUUGGUAAUUGAAUAUAUUUUACCAAAGCGCUGAUAAUGGCCACCAAAUUAAUUACAGCGUUAAUUGAAGGAGAAGAACCAACUGAGGAACUGUACCGAAUGUGGCGAAAUGACUACCGUGCUGACACCGAACAAGGCGCAUUGAGCAUUUUACAACUAGCAUUGGAUUUAACCGGGUUUUGUUACGAGCUGAAAGAUGAGGUCGUGGAGCACACCGCGGAUUUGCGAGAAUUUGUGCGAACGAAGUUUAUCAAAUCGAGCUACUAUGACUCAAACGUUUUCAACAAACCGGCCGUCCUAAAACGGAUAUCCCACUUGUUUGAACUGAUGAUCUCCCGGGAUUACAAAGAACUCUUGCUGGAUAACAUGUGGUUGAACUGGCUUGUCCGUCUGUUGAUUGCUUUCUGCGAAUCCGAGGAAGACGAGUGUAAAAUGGUUGGUGGUUAUCUGAGUGCCCUAGUUCUAGCAAACCUAGCCUACGUCCGGGACCAGUUAGAUAACCAUCAUGAUACCAGCCAGCUGGACGACGACGAUUCUGAGCCAACUGGUUCCCCACAGCAUCGGCAAUAUUUGCUCAAAAUUUUCCGUAUAAUGGUACGGAACGUAGAAGGGAACUGUGCUUACACAAUGACCCUUCCAAUCAUAUGCGAGCUGACAUGUCAAAUGCUGGAAACAUAUCCGAGGGAGUAUGUUGUCGAAAACUCUGUACUGCAUGUGCUAACCACUUUUCUGCGGCAUCGGCAUACCAAAAUGUUCCAAACAGUGGCCUUCUGUUUGCGGAACCUGUUGAACAUCGACAACCAGGAAGCGGAGGUAGCCGAAAAGGUAGCAAACUUUUUCAUUGAGUCUCUCGAGAAACGAUUCACGCAUUCGAUGUUCACCUACAAGUCGUGCGAAAAGGUAUGCAUGGAGGUGGUCGUGUUUGUUCAGAGACUGAACUAUGGCAAGGAAGUGUUUAGUGAGGACAUUGUGGACAAAUUGCGGCAACAGAUGUUUCACGCUGAGGAGAUGAUUCGAGGAUAUGCAAUCGAUUUCCAUGUAUGCACCCUGUGCAGUCCGGACGAUACUGACAAUAGUAAAAAUCUGGAAAUUCUGCAACAUAUCCUGAGGCUGUAUGUUCGAUACGAGCACCCAAUUGAUUCACUGACCGCCUUGAUUACCGACCUGUGGCAGUUGGAGUUCUUCGACGACUGGGAUAUAGUGUUCAAGUUGUUGGACGAGGAAUCUGCCCGCAAGGACAAUCUCUUCAUGAUAUAUUCGGUGGUGCAUGUGAUCAAUCAAUAUUUCGCCUUGUUGAUGAAGGAUCUGGAACAAAAAUCCGCAUCUCACUCGCGGCUACUGGGUUUGCUUAAGAGUUUCACGCAGGGAUACCCUUCGUGCCUCCUGAAAUGCGCUAACUAUGAACACGCUUACACGAUUCUUCUUCAAUCGGCGGAUGCCUCGUUUCACGCCCAUUUUAAGAAGUAUAGUAUGAACAUUGAUCAGUACUACUGUGAACUGUUUGCGGUACUGGAAGAUGUGGCCCAUACUGGACGUAAUUUCUACAUGCUUCACAAAAAUCUGGCCGUCAUUCGUGGCUACUGGAACAUCAUUAUGGACGUCGAGCAAAUAUGGUCCGAUUUGCUGCAGGAGUAUGCUGACAAAUUGUUGGAGACCAGGAUGAAGAUUAAUAGCCGCAAUAUAGGGAAAAGCAACGAAUUGUCCGAGCAGUACGCUGAGUGCGUCACAAGGUUAACGGCUUUCCUGGAGCUGGACCACGAUGUCAAGACACAUCUACCCCACUUGAAGCACGUGUUAUACACCGAUUUCCGCCUGUUGGAAAAAAUGCAACUGACCCGGGAGCAAAUGAGCAUUUUCUAUCGGCUGUACAAGUGCCUCUUCCACGUCAUAGUACAAGCUAGACAGGCUGAAACCGCCAAGGAGCAUUCGCUGAAGGAGCCCAUCGCCCAUUUGCAGCAAACCGGGAACAGCCUGAAGAAGCGCGUGAUGGAACUGAUACGCGUAUUGAUCAAACAGCUGCAAAAGUACGACGAAUCGCUCGACACCAGCGUGCACAUGUUCAUCAGCCUGUGCGAUAUGUUGCUCGUGACGCAGAACGCUGUUGGCGAUCUCGGCAUUGCCGAACUGGAGGCCAUCGUUUAUCCCGUCCAACCGGCACUGCUGCAGAAGAUGGCGAAAUUUUUGCUGUACUAUCUCUUCUCCAAGAAGGACGAUUGGCACGACGCACCGGUCAUAAAGCAGAAGCAGAUGCUCAUGAAGUAUGUGCAACUGUACGAUCUGCACAAGUCGCUCCCCGGGAUCACCGACACGCACUUUAUAGUGGCCAACUUCGCCAUCGACACAGUAUUCGACAAACAACUGAGGGACCUGAUGAAGGUGUUGCAUCGGGCCGAUCCAUCCCAGUUCUGUGAAGUUAUUGCCCAGGCCGCAUUCCAACUGUUGCAAGGCUACAAAUCGGAAUCCAAUGUGAAGAAUUUCUUCGCAAAAUUCCAAUCGUUUGCGCUGGGGAAAUUGACCGCCGAGAACAAGGAGGACUAUCACACGGUGAUGGCCAAAGUGAUGGAGAAAAUUCUGAACAAUUUAAUGCACAUCCUGUCCGAUCCGGGACCAUCAACCGCCGAGUCGAAGCGUAUGUUCAAACUGAUCGAACCACUUCUGCCGGACGUCCCCAUCGAGGAUCGCCUAACGAUGGAACAUCUGCUUAUGCGGCAUCCGGAAUACGACAAGUUGAGCGACUCAGACCGCAGAGCGGUUAAUCGAUUCGUCAAGCAUUUGAAUCCGCAGGAUUAGGACAAACGAAUCGAGCACAAUCGGUUCCUAAUUGAUGACGUUUUUGAAAUCCUUUUUUUUUUUUUCUGGUGGAUGUUUUAACACUUUACUUUUGUAUUAUUGAUUUGAAUUCAAUAUGAAUAAACCGGUAAGUACCAUUUUUUGGUUAUAAGCACAAGUUGUUGGAAUUAGUGA